GGCGGGGGCCGGGGAGGAGUCGGCCCCGGGGCGGGGGUCGGGCCGGGCCGGGGGUGGAGCCGCAGGCUGGCGGGUCGGGGCGAGGGGGAACCCUCCCCUUCCCUUCACGAGCGAGCCGGAGCCGGGGAAGGCGCCUCCGCAACUCCUCCUGCCCCGCCGGUGCCGCCUGCCGCCCGCAGCAUGAUCUGGAAAACUCUCCCGCUGCUCUGCGCCCUGCUGGCCGCCGCCCGCCUGCGAGCCGAGGAAGAGCCAAGGAGCAAAUCUAAGAUCUGUGCCAAUGUUUUCUGUGGAGCUGGGCGUGAGUGUGCAGUGACUGAGAAGGGAGAGCCAACCUGCCUCUGCAUUGAGAAAUGCAAACCUCACAAGAGGCCUGUGUGCGGGAGCAAUGGCAAGACGUACCUGAACCACUGUGAGCUGCACCGUGACGCCUGCCUCACCGGCUCCAAGAUCCAGGUGGAUUACGAUGGCCACUGCAAAGAGAAGAAGUCUGAGAAUCCAGCUGCAAGUCCAGUUGUCUGCUACCAGUCGGACAGGGACGAGCUUCGUCGCCGGGUCAUCCAGUGGCUGGAAGCUGAGAUUAUCCCAGAUGGGUGGUUCUCCAAGGGCAGUAACUACAGUGAAGUUCUGGACAAAUAUUUCAAGAGCUUUGAUGAUGGUGAUUCUCGCUUGGACUCCACUGAAUUCCUGAAGUUUGUGGAGCAGAAUGAGACUGCCAUCAACAUUACCACCUACAUGGACCAGGAGACCAACAAGUUGCUCAGGGGACUCUGCGUAGAUGCCCUCAUCGAGCUGUCAGAUGAAAAUGCUGACUGGAAGCUCAGCUUCAAUGAAUUUCUCAAGUGCCUCAGCCCAUCCUUCAACCCACCAGAGAAAAGGUGUGCCCUGGAAGAUGAGACCUAUGAGGAUGGAGCAGAGACCCAGGUGGAGUGCAACCGCUGCGUCUGUGCCUGUGGGAACUGGGUGUGCACCGCAAUGACGUGCGAGGGGAGGAAUGAGAAGGUGCCUGCUCAGAGACACCGACCUGAUCAAGAUUUGACUGAGGAGGAGAUGGCCAGAUACGUUCAGGAACUGCAGAAGCAUCAGGAGACGGCUGAGAAGACCAAGAGAAUGAGCACCAAGGAGAUGUAAGGGGCCUCCACAGCGGAGGAGCCCAGGAGGAUGGGCCCAACCUGCCACCCUGUCCUCCAGUGCUGAUCUCAGUAUGCACAAGUGUCUGCUACAGUUGCCCAGUCACAGAUAUUUACAUGUAUAGCGAUGGGUUAUUUGUUUUGUAAUACACAAAGAAUGGGGCCAGGAAAGGGGAGCAGAGCCCACCUGUUCAGGGAGCUUCAUUGCUGGGACCUUGGAAGGCUGGGAGGGACUUAGAGCAGCCUCUGGGGCCCUUCCCCAGAGCAGACAGCUGCUCCCUCCAAGAGCUAACAGGGAUUUCUUGUUCCUCUGGAUCUGGGGAAAGGAUGGAGGUCAAUGCUGGAUAGAAAAGGGAGUCUUCAGUCAAUACAAUUGUCAACACCACCCUUGGCUGCAGAAAUACAGGCCUGGCAGUUUUGUGGCCGAACACGUGUGCUGCAGGGCAUCACUAUCCACGGACCUUACCCUUUGGUUCAAGCUCCUCAAAGCUGGUCAGCCUGGUGUGACACCUGGGAGUCAUGGUGCCAUGCUGCUGGCAUGAGUCCAGCACAUUCCUCCUUGCUUUCCACCAGACUGUCCCCAGCAGCUCCUCCAGUACAUUGUGGGCUCCAACAAAACAUGGUUCCUUUUGACCUCAUCUCACUCUUACUCUCCCUGCCCCCUCCUUAGAGGUGCUAUCGUAUUUUUUUCUUAUCACAUUCACAUGCUGACUCCCCAAUUUUUUUUUUGUUUCGGGUUUUUUAUUAUUUUAUUUCCUAUGGUAGUGAUUCAGCUUUUGUAUGUUUUGUAGCUCUAGAUCUUUCAAGAAAACCCAGCGUGUGGGUUUUUGUUGUUGACAGUGCUGUAAUGUCCAUGCACAGUUUGUAUUGCACUGCGCUCAGCUGCCACAAACACCACGGGCGAAUUGUGAGCCUUGCACUACAGGGUAUUUCCCGGUUGGGGGAUAGCAGUGUCCCUCCUGGGAAGAAGAGACAGGGUUGGAUGUAAUUAGUUUCACCAGACACAGAUUGCCACUGCAGCUCUCUAGCUCUCACUCUCACAGCUAACAUUGACCAUGUGCUUAAAGUCUGCUCGUGCCUCUCUAAAUUGCUCAAAGCACUCUAGAGACAGAGGGACCAGGCAGUCCCAUUAGUACAGUAUCUUAAAAAGCUUAACUAUGUAGAAAACUGUUUAGUUGUGCUGUUGGCAUCAUCUUGGGCUUUUCAUCUUCCUCUGGGGUGAGGCAGCAGCACUAUUUGAUUCCAGGUAUGAGUUUGGAGUCAGGGCUGGAAGCCUCAUUACUGACACAUUUCUUAAUGUCAUUGAUCAGACCACCUUUGACCACUCUCACAUUCCUUCAUGGGUCAGUUUCAUCCCACACGUUUCUCAGAGCAUUGGUCCUAGAUGUAAAUGAAAUGCUCUUUUGUUGAUAGUCACCUCUGUAGCCUGAAGCCCAGCUGAUUUUCUUAUGCAGUUGUCAAAUGUACUUCAUGCACACCUGAACAUCCACGUUCCCUUCAUGCCUGUGCUGUGCUUCCCAAGCAGUUGCAUGUAUCCUGAUCGACUGCUUGUGACUUCCUUCUUUCUGUUUGUGAGCAACUUCAGCAGUUGUUGCUGUGUAUCUUGCAAUCCCUAUUGCUCACUCAAGCAAAAUUCCACGCGCAUCUGAAAAAGCAUGUCUGGUUUGAGUGAAGAUCAGCAGGACUUUAGUCCCAACCUUCCCCUUCUUACACAGGGCUUUCCUUGGAGAGGAGGAAUGAGCUGGUACCUAGAAGUAUAGGAAAAGAAGAAAGCUUGGUCCUUCCUGUGCUCUUUCCCAUGAGCCAGAUGUGUUAAAGGCUGUCUGUUCUUUGAGCUGUUUUCCUGAUGUGAAGCCAGAGGACUUCCAUUGACUUUGGCAUAGUGCCACUUUUCCAGUGACAGCUAUAAUGUACCCUGGCAUUGAGGUUUUGGCAUCAUAAAUACAGAAGGAGACUGGGGUUUUUUUUCUCGUGAGGACCUGUAUUUGAGCAGCUGUCACCUGUGAACGUGAGAGGAAUGAGUCCAUAUGAGCUGAGGGUAAUGUGGACAAAGUGCUACACUGGGACAGUCAUUGUUUGUGUUCUGGUGGCACUGGAAGAAGUGGUUGGUGAAAUAGGAGCACCCAUUAGACAUAGAGUUGCUCCUUCCCAAGAGUAUGAGUGAAAGGGCUUCAUGUGCUGGAUCUGGAGUCACAGGAACAUUGUUAAUAAAUGUUUUGCUUUAUUCCAGCCCUGUUCUAAAAGGUAGUUAGUGUCUCCCAGAUCACUUCCUUCCAGCUUGGGUUGUUAAAGUGCCUUACAGAAAACAACAGCUUGCCUUAAAGGCUUUCCCUGGACAGGGAUAACAUCUUGUUCAGUCAGGAAUAUCUCCCAACUGUGAAAACCAGAGCACGUGCAGGAAGGGAAGGCGAAUGCACCGCCUCAGGGCUUCUGUAGGCUGCACUGUGAUGUGUUCUCUGUCCCCUCCUGCCUGCUGUGGCUGUGCAGCCGUGUGGAUGGGGGUGGCUGCUGGGGCAGCCGGAGACGUGUGCUGGCAGCUGAGGUUUACAGAGCUUGCUCUUGCACUGAAGGCGGAGGGAUGGGCUGCGGUCUCCGGCAAGCGGAGCUCUCCGAGAAGCCAUACAACAGAUCCCAGGGUAGCCUAGGGCAGCAGGCUGGGAGUGCAGCAACAGUGCCUCUGGAAAGGGCUGCUGCCUGUGGAGCCUUUUCCUCCUUGUGCCCCCACAAAGGGACGUGGUGGAAAGCAGGACCCGUUCUAAGGGCAGCAGUUCUCAAAAAGGACCAAAACAUCUCGGCUCCCUGCACAGAGGGGAAGGGCAGCCCAGACUGAGCAAUGCUCAGGUUUCCGCAGGCUGGUCAGUCACUAACUCCUGCAGGGUGACCUGGCUGCUGGGGAAGGAAGUGCUGAAUUUCAGCCAUUGCCUUCUGGGAUGAUUGCUGUACAGACUACAAGGGGCAGGGAAGGUGUUUUGUUUUGUUUUUCCCAAAAAAACAAAUUUAAGCAACAAACAAAAAAGUCCCACUCCUCCCUCUAUAUUCCCUCCUGUACGUGUGUGAAAUUUAUCAGUAUUCUGUAGGUUUCCUUAGUGCACUUAUUUUACUUGAUUUUGUAAUUUUUUUGAAGCAGGGGGGUUUGAAUAUUACUGCCAAAUAAAUGAAACAAAAUUUUAAAAAUAA